CCCGGGGCGGGGGGCGCGCCGGGAUGGGCCCCAAGCGGCGGCAGCUGACGUUCCGGGAGAAGUCGCGGAUCAUCCAGGAGGUGGAGGAGAACCCGGACCUGCGCAAGGGCGAGAUCGCGCGGCGCUUCAACAUCCCGCCGUCCACGCUGAGCACCAUCCUGAAGAACAAGCGCGCCAUCCUGGCGUCGGAGCGCAAGUACGGUGUAGCCUCCACCUGCCGCAAGACCAACAAGCUGUCUCCUUACGACAAGCUCGAGGGGCUGCUUAUCGCCUGGUUCCAGCAGAUCCGCGCCGCUGGCCUGCCAGUCAAGGGCAUCAUCCUCAAGGAGAAGGCUCUGCGUAUAGCUGAGGAGCUGGGCAUGGACGAUUUCACUGCCUCCAACGGCUGGCUGGACCGCUUCCGCCGGCGCCACGGUGUGGUGUCCUGCAGCGGCGUGGCCCGCGCCCGGUCGCGCAGCGCUGCCCCCAGGCCCCCAGCGGCGCCCUCCAGCCCGCCCACGGUGCCCUCGGAGGGCAGCGGUGGGGGUACCACGGGCUGGCGCGCUCGGGAGGAGCAGCCGCCGUCGGUGGCCGAGGGCUACGCCUCCCAGGACGUGUUCAGUGCCACUGAGACCAGUCUGUGGUACGACUUCCUGCCCGACCAGGCCGCGGGGUUGUGUGGCAGUGAUGGACGGGCACGCAAGGCCACCCAGCGCCUGAGUGUCCUGCUGUGCGCCAAUGCAGAUGGCAGCGAGAAGCUUCCCCCACUUGUAGCCGGCAAGUCCGCUAAGCCCCGUGCAGGCCAAGCCGGCCUGCCCUGCGACUACACCGCCAACUCUAAGGGUGGUGUCACCACCCAGGCCCUGGCCAAGUACUUGAAGGCCCUGGACACCCGCAUGGCUGCAGAAUCUCGGCGAGUCCUGCUGCUGGCUGGCCGCCUGGCAGCCCAGUCCCUGGAUACCUCGGGCCUGAGGCAUGUGCAGCUGGCCUACUUCCCGCCAGGCACCGUGCAGCCGCUGGAGCGUGGAGUGGUCCAACAGGUGAAGGGCCACUACCGCCAGGCUAUGCUGCUCAAGGCCAUGGCAGCACUAGAGGGUCAGGAUCGCUCAGGCCUGCAGCUAGGCCUCAUGGAGGCCCUGCACUUCGUUGCUGCAGCCUGGCAGGCUGUGGAACCUUCGGACAUAGCCACCUGCUUUCGUGAGGCUGGCUUUGGGGGUGGCCCUAAUGCUACCAUCACUACUGCCCUCAAGAGCGAGGAGGAGGAAGAGGAGGAGGAGGAGGAAGAGGAGGAGGAAGAGGAAGAGGAAGAGGAGGGUGAAGGGGAGGAGGAGGAGGAGGAAGAUGGUGAGGAAGAGGAGGAAGGGGGGGAAGGAGAGGAGCUGGGGGAAGAAGAGGAGGUAGAAGAGGAGGGUGAUGUUGAUGACAGUGAUGAAGAGGAAGAGGAGGAGGAGGAGAGCUCUUCUGAAGGCUUGGAGGCUGAGGACUGGGCCCAGGGAGUAGUGGAGGCUGGUGGCAGCUUCGGGGGUUAUGGUGCCCAGGAGGAGGUCCAGUGCCCUACCCUCCACUUCCUGGAAGGUGAGGAGGACUCUGAGUCAGACAGUGAGGAAGAAGAGGAAGAUGAUGAGGAGGAGGACGAAGAUGACGAAGAUGAUGAUGAGGAUGGUGAUGAGGUGCCUGUACCCAGCUUUGGGGAGGCCAUGGCUUACUUUGCUAUGGUCAAGAGGUACCUCACCUCCUUCCCCAUUGAUGACCGUGUGCAAAGCCACAUCCUCCACUUGGAACACGACUUGGUCCACGUGACCAGGAAGAACCAUGCCAGGCAGGCAGGAGUUCGGGGUCUUGGACAUCAAAGCUGAGCCACUGGGCCUAGCCAUGCCUCCAACCCGGAUGUGGCAGCACCAGCCCAGGGCAGAGGACUCUCUGGGCAGCUGUUGUGGAUGGAGCCAGAGUGGGGAACCCCAGAUCCUUUAGUGAUGUUCUCCUGGUCUUGUGACAGGCCCAGUCACCGCGGUAGGGCCUGGGGCUGGUGUCAGCCUCACUGCCUGCUUAUUGCCUCUUUCUCAGAAUCCUCUUUCCUCCCUAUUUGCCCCUGGGCUUGGGGGACCAGGUGGGGAGGGUGGGGAGCUGUCCGGUGCUACCACACCGUGCCAUCAGUGGACUAGGCCACAGUAGCAGCCAGGGAUGGACCCUGGAAGCUCCUGGCCAGAGAGUCCCCUCUGCCAUCCACACCAGGUCUUCGGUGGGGGGGACCCCAAAGCCAUUCUGGGAAGGGCUCCAGAGAAAAGUCCAGCCUAGGACCCCACAAGGCUGGCAGCCCCGCAUCCCUGCCCCGAGGCCGCCUUGAGAAGCACAGUCUAACCGCAGGCUCCUGGGCCUGCCUCUGCCUGCUUCCCCACUUCCCCAACCCCUUCCUCUGGCCCAGUCCAUGUUACUUUGGCCCUUGCUUUUCUUUCCAGAUUGGAGGUUCUCAAGAGGCCCUCCAGAGGAGUGGUAAUGGGCACUUCCCUUGUGGGCAGCUGCAGGCCCCAUGCCUCUCCUCCCUCUCUGGCAGGGCCCUAUCCUGGGCAGGGGUCCUGGGGCUGGGCCCAGAGUCCAGCCAUCCAGCUGCUCCUUUCCCAGUCUGAAUUCAAUAAAUCUGUCCACCCCCCUUUUGUGGGAGUGGACAUUUUAACAGCCAAGGGUGCAUCCUUCAUGGUCUGGGCUUGCGUCUGUCUUGGGGACACUUUCUUUCCCGGUUCCCUUUGGUCCUUGCUCUGGUGGGACAAAUGUUGAGAGAGUGGCUACAGCCCAAGCCCUGACCAGGGUGAGGGGCAACAUGUAUAUCUAAGUGUUGCCUAGGCUUGGGUGGGAGGGGUUUUCAAUGCACCUGCCUGGGGGUGGGUUUGAGCAAGCUGGGCCUUGCACUGCUUUGGGGUUAAAACUUUUGGGUCAGUUGGCUGGGACAGGAGGGAGGGAGCCAACAGUCCCUGGAGGGCCAAAUUAAACUGUGGGCACCUCGGAACUAGGCUUAUCAAGGACCAUUAAAGAAGAUCCCUGCAGGAGAGGGGUCAGAGGACAGAAAGAAAGGAGUGUUGGGGCAGCUCCUGUGGUCCAGGUUGGAGUUUGUAGGGGCAUACAGGGCAUCUCUUGUAUGGUGCCUUAAGAGGGAGUCCUCUAGGCCUUUCAGUGAUUGGCAUUUCCAAUUCUGGUGGCUAUCCUUGGGAACAGUGUCAGGAUGGAGGUGAAAUUGCUGGGGA